CUACAGGGACUAGGUCACUAACUCUUCUUUCUUUGGGGUCAAGUUAGCUUCUCUCGUUAUUGGGUACAAACCUGGCAAGUCCCAUGCAGAAAGGUCAUGUACUCUUAUGAACUUGCUCUGUCUUCUUAUCAAAAAUACCAUUAGCAGCAAGAAUUCCCGGUGAGCUUUUGCGUUUUGCCAUUUUUUCAGUCCGACCUUUCAUCAAACUCCUUGUGUCAGUUACUAUUACCAUUAAAGAAUUCUCAAAAUCAAACCCAAAUCAAUGUCCAGCCAUAUCCCAUUUGAUAUCAUAACUAGAAUCCUGAUCUCCAUUCUUGACAUCAAGACUCUCCUAUGCUUCAGGAGCGUGUCAAAAGAAUGGCGUUCUUUAAUAGAUAGCAGUGGUUUUAUCAACACCCAUAUGAGCCUGUCAAUCAAAACCAACACUAACAACACCCUUCUUAUUCUUGGAGAAGGAGGCCUUAAUCCCAUAAACUUCGACGAUCUUUCUCCUGGUGACCUAUUAAACUUGCAAGACCAACCAUUUAUUUCAAUAGGAUGGCAAGAUGUUCGUUUAAUGGGUUCUUGUAAUGGUUUGGUGUGUUUAAGCAAUGAUGAUGGUGACGUUGUUAUACUUAAUCAAUCAACGCGAGAACAUAAAGGGAUACUGUCUCUUGUUCGACAUAGAUUUGAACUUUCUGUUAGUUCGGCACCAGAUGAGCAUUGGGUUUGGGGAAGCGGAUAUGGGUUUGGUUACGAUGCAGUUUCUAACGACUAUAAGGUUGUGAGUAUUGCCAAGUUUCUUGGAAUAGGUUUUACUAGUUUCAAAGAAUCAGAAAUGACAAUUUAUAGUGCAAAGAAAGAUUUGUGUUGGGUUAUUAAGAUCCCUUAUGCUAUGCUGUUUACGAAUGAUAAAAUGGGUGUUUACUUUCAUGGAUCAUUGCAUUGGAUUGCUAAGGGGUUUGGUAGUUGGAGGGAUAGAAUUGUUGGCUUUGAUCUUGGAUUGGAUGAGUUUAGAGAGGUGCCACAACCUGAUUAUGGGGGUAAUAUUGUGAUUGACAUUGAUCUUGGUGUGUUGGGCAGUUUUUUGUGUGUGUUUGCUAAAGUUAGAGAUUGGAGUGCUGACGUUUGGAUUAUGAAAGAAUAUGGGGUUAAGGAGUCUUGGAGUAAGGUGUUCUCUAUUUCGAGAAAUGUGUUGUCUUAUGAUUCAGUAAGGCCGUUGGGUUACUCUAGGAGAGGUAGAGAAGUUUUGUUAGAAUUGGAUGAGAAAAGACUUGUUUGGUAUGGCAUGGAAACUAGAAGGGUUGUGGAUGUUGUGAUUCAAGGAAGGAAGAAAGAGCGCUUGGAAGCAAUUUUAUGUUUGAAUUCCCUUGUUCCUCCUGAUGGUAAUGACAGAGUUGUUAACAGUCAGCAGCCGACGAAAGAGCACAAGAAGAACGAAGAAGAAGAGGGAUGACUUCCUUUCAUCAGGAUUCAAGCUCAAACUGUAGGCAAAACCAAGUGAAUGUGAAGCUUUGAAGCUGGGAAGAAACAAGGGUUACAGAACAUUUUCAGUUAGUGUUUCUUUUCAUGUUUUUGUUUUCCCCCGCCGGGGUUUGGUGGGGGCAAUAUGAAUACAGUAGUCCCGCCUUCUGUCUUUUGAGAUCUCCAUCACCUUAUCAUGCUUGAACAUAUUAAAAAACCUUAGCUAUAAUUCUUUCCAAAAUGUAAAGACUAACUAGUUCAAACUCUUGCUUGCAUUAUAUC